AGGAUGAAACAACUUCGCGAUUCCUGAGUUUCACGAUGAUGAUCGCCCGCCCCUUAUUUCUUGCAUGUUCUAAUCGUCAAUCUCAAGAUCAAGAAGAAUAAUAGAGAAAGAUGAAGGACUUAGUACGAUCAUGGAUGUCCUCUGUUGAAGCCCUCAGUCUUCUUUUUGCUUUUUUUCCAACAACUACAUUGACAUUCCGAAAUGAAAUAGACAAAAGCUUUUCAAGGAGAAAAACGUCAAGCAAGAAGUGAAUGAGGCUAAAACGAUGCAUCUCUAUUAAGGAGUUUUGGUUUUCGAUGAGCAAAUAAUGCAGACGGAGCCCUCAUUCGUGUGAUAUUUAAAUAAAGAUAUCUAUUCUAACUUAAACUUCGUUGUUGUCUUUAAUAUUCAAAUAACGAAAUCGAAAAGCUAAAGACUCAAAAAACUCAUUCUUCAAAAACAUCACCCUGGACGAGAAAAGGCAGAUGACAACUGCUACGACGCAGAACAACAGUCCAUCAAUGGCGAUGAAGCCUCCCACACGCGAGGAAGCACUGGAGCUCGUUCGCGGUUACGGCUUCGCAUGGGAGAGCCAGGACAGUCGCUGCAUUGGUCGGCUUUUCUUUAUGUCGCGAAGUGAAAAUUGGAAGCAUGCCAGACGUUUAGGCUUUUUGAUACUUCAUUAAUGUGGUCUGGACCUAGAAUCAUGCGAAGCUCGUUCUUGUGGAACAUGUUCUAGUCUCUAAUGCCACGCGAGACGCCGUUUACAAGGAGAGGCCGGGGCGCAUUAUGGUUGGCCUUCCCGAGAUAGAGAAAUACUGGCGGGAGCAAAUCGGUGGGAGAGAGUCCGGCGUAAGGUUUCACCUCUACGAAGAUGAAUUUGUCUUCGAUCCUACGGCAUUCAUCACGACGCAGACAAGACCCUUUUGCGUCUCGCGUGACGCAGUUGGAAGGUUGAUUGUGUUACGGCUAGUGGGAAGAAGCGCCUUGGCCUCGUUGUUCCGUAUCGAGCUAAUUAUCUGAUGUAUCUGAUGGUCUGGCUUUCUCAUCAGUUACGGUGGGUGUGACAAGCACAUGCCCUCGUAGAUUUCUAGACAGAAGGUCGAAGGCGUAAUUAGCUGCUCUAAUCAGAGAUGCUAAGACUUUCGCGAAAAAGAUAAACCUAGUAGAUGCAGGCCGCCAGCAACAUAGCCGUGGCGCUCGUCGUGGGGGAAGUAAAUCCCAAGCUGCGCUGAACCCGGAGCGUGAGGCUAGAUGGAAAAAGAAGAUCGAACGAACACAGUGUGUGAAGAAGCAGAUGAAGAAGAGCAAGAGACUCCUGGGAGAACGCUUAGUGUCCUCCAGAUUGAUAAAGACAAUGGAAAUUGAGACAGCUAUCCGUCAAACGAGGAGGAGCCUACGAGAAAGGCGUUUGCCGCAUUUUGUUCGACAUAUUGCAAAGGAUGCUGAUCCUAUUGGUCAUGGAGCAAGUUCUAGCUCAGUAAGUAGAGGCACGCCCAUAAGUAACGCAACAACAACGCCGAAAGCUAUCAACAAUGAUCAGCAGCCAUCUAGGUCGAGCCCCAUUAUAGGGCUACAGUCUCACCACGUUGGCCAGGCGGUUGCGCGAUGGGAAGCAGCAUUCUCUUCUACAGGCAGAGGAAGGCGAAUGGAAAAGCACAUCAUUCAGUUGGCGAGACUCCGCUUCACGAGAGAGCGCCCGGAAAAACUCGCGAUCAAAUCUGUACCUGGAUACGGGAAUCUACGUCAGCUUAUGACAGCGACAGGAAGGCACUUAAAAAAACAAGACCUCGCGAUGAUGUAUUGUCAUGACGGUGUAUUAUCAUGAUGGCGCAUUAUCAAUAUCAUGGUGGCGUGGGCAUCUUAUGAUUACCUACUUUCAUCCCAUAGAUAUGAUAGAUAUUUUUCCCCCUUCAUGAUUGCUGAUACUCAUCCAGCUUCUAAUAAGAAUGAGGACCCCGAGGCCGAGCCCGAGAGCGAGAGCGAGCACUGGCCUUUGAAGAUUUCUGUACUCGAGGAAUAUCAUCAUGCAGUUGGUAACGGCUACGCUGAAAAGGCAGAGGCAAUGUGCUUCAGUGCGGACUGUGCUUCGUCGUAUGCGCUGAAUUAUGCGAGACAAGAGAGGCCCGAAAGUCUUUUUCUUUUCGAGGAAGAGAACAAGGCUCGGUCUUCUCUGAAGAAGAAGAAAGCAGGCGCGACCAUGUGGAAGAAGCAGAUCGCGAAAGCGAAUAAGAUGAAGAAGGUUUCGCCCUUGAAAAGUACCCAAGUACUACUCGAAGACAUAGAACGACAAAAGCAGGAAGACCUCCGAACGCGCCUGAUUAUAGCAGCUCCACACGACGAGGAUACAACUGCCAUGGUACUAUCCUCGGCAAAUCGAACGCUCGAACGUGAUAUCUGUCACCAUUCAUCCUCGACGAGCAAUCCCUUCAAAUCCAGUAGGAGUGACAUCUUCGACUCGAACAAUCCCUUCUCAGUGCCACAAAAGAUAGACAACGCAGAUGGCGGGACUAUCUUCGAAGAUGAAGUACUAGACAUUAUACCUCUUGACGAGCUGCAGCAAGAUGAUCGAGUAGGCGUUGAAGAACGCGCCACUCUUCUUAGCGAGGAAGGUGAAGAUCAUGAGGUUGUAGAAGGUGAGGAUGGAUUGGAUUACUUUGCAGAUGCAGACGUUAUUGAUUUCGAGGAGCAUCCUCCGCCCAUUUCCCGAGAAACUCAUGGAGGUGCAACACAACUUGAGCUUGACGAACUCCAACUCGGUACUCUAGAAGCUGUAGUUGCUCCAACUCGGUUUCAACAACCUUCACCUUUUGACAAUGACGGAUGGAACGUCGUAGAUGAUGAUGACGACAUUGAUGGCCACCCUUUAGCUCCUGAAGAUUUGAAGAAGCUCGUCAAGCCGGCAUCUAAGCGUAAGACUCCUACUCUUACUCCUUCUAUAAUCGGAAGCGGAGCAACAACGUCGUGGUCGUUCUUCGAGAGAAUUUUGAGUAAUACUUUGCUUAAUCCUGCUCCUGCUGGUCCUACAACAACUGUAGCUCCUACACCUCCACGCCAGUCGUCUGUUUCGCCAAGUGCAGACUUAGACGAAGCUCGCAGAAGAUACUUGAUGAAGAGCAAAAUGCUGAACAAGAAUGGUCAUUACUCUGCAGCCUUCACGCCAAAAGCCACUUCAGGUUCAGCAUCAUCCAAAAGCAAGAACGCGGUGAGCUGCUAUGGUGCGUUUUCCACUUUUGGUAGACUGAGACAUCCAGCUCCUGCAUUGUCCUCGUCGAGUUGUGUGGGUCUUCCACCUAAGAAGAAAGAUCCUCCUUCGACGCCAGAGCAGGCACGCAUCCUUGGAGUUGCUGAUUUUCUUCGAUGACGGCUGACUACGAGCGUGAAAAAGGCAUUCUACUUCGUCUUCUCGUCAAUAAAAAUAUCAACAAAUUUCAAUUUCUUCUGUUCUUUCGCAAAUUAGCAUGGAUUAUGAUGUCGAUCUGACUGUUCUUUAUCUGUUUCAACAUGAAUUCUUUUUUUUAAAAGCCGCUAUGAAUGUACAACAACUACUGCAGAGAC